CGACGAGUUGGUGACGAGUGAUAUCCACGGAAGCACACACAUGCCAACGCAUGCCGCUACGGCAGCUUCGCCGCCACCACCUCUCCACUCCCCUGCAGGCUGCAGCGGCAGCAGCGAGCUUCUUAUAUUAACCAUCUACCUCCGCGCGCACGUCUCGCCCUCGAUCUCGUCGAUCGCGCGCGCCAUUUGGUGAGCUCAGCUCGGAGAAUUUUGAUUGGGCUUUUUGUUUGUUUGGUAUGGAGCGGCAGCAAUGCCACGGCAAGAACACGCCUCCGCCGCCGCUGGCGCCGCCGCGGAGGGCGCGAGGGGAGGGCGGUGCCGGCGGGUCGUUCUCGGCGUCGCUCCUCGAUGCGAUCUACCGCUCUCUUGAUGAGGGAGCGGGUGGCGGUGGCGAUGGCGAUGGGGAUGGGGAUGGCGUAGGUGUUGCCGAUGUCACAAGGCGCCGGUCGGAGGAGGAGACGAAGACAGCCGUGCCGCCGCAGUUCUGGUGGGCCAAGUCGAAGCAGGCGGCCGGCGCGGGCCGGAGCCGUCGCGAGUCGUCGGCGGGGGCGGCCUCUCGCCCGCGGCACUCGGGGUACGCCUCGUCGACCACCUCGUCGUCCGACGCGUCGUCCAGCUACAGCUUCACCUGCUCGUCCGCGUCGACCACUGACACGGAGUCGACCACGCAUCGGAGACGCCACAGCACCCAGCCUCCGCCGCGGCAGCCGGAGGACGUCGACGUCGACGCCGACGUCGCCGCGGCGGCGCCACCUAGCACCAAAGCGAAGAAGAAGAAGAGCCGGCCGUGUUUCCCCGGAGCAAGGCUGCGGCCAAGAGGGACAGCGCCGCCGUCACCACCGUCGUCGUCCGCGUCGUCGCCGGCCACGUUCGCGUGCGUCGUCAGGGCGCUCUUCACCUCGUCGCGCCUCCCAAGAAAGCCCAAGACUCCAACGCCCGUCCCUCUACCGCAGGCAUCGCCGCCGGUUCCGCAGCCACCGUGCAUGUCGGCGACGUCGUCCAGCACGAGAGCGUCGGAGCGGAGGUCCGUAAGGUUCUGCCCCGGCGCCGAGACGCCGUCGCUGGUGCGGCGCAGGGUCGAGGAGCUGGUGAGAGGCCUGGCCGAUGUGGAGGAGGACGAGGACGGCAGCGACGCGAGCUCCGAUCUCUUCGAGCUGGAGAGCCUCCGUGGCGCCGACGGCGACGAGCUGCCGGUGUACGGCACGACGAGCCUCGCGACGAACCGCGCCAUCCCUCAGAGGGCAGCUUGUUAGUUCACAAAUAGUGAUAAAUUUAUCAAAAAAAAAAAGAAAAAAAAGAGUUGCAAAAGACCCUUAAAAGUUUGUGCAAACAAUGUGAAAUGUCUAUCUGCAUUUCUUAUGUAUCAUCCGUUGUUUUAUUAUGUUUGUACUGAAUUUGUAUACUAUAAUAUUCAAAGUACAAUAAAGUCAGUGGAUCAUGUGAUCGUGGAAAAGGUAAUGGACUAAAACUGU